AUGCGAGUGUGUGGCUUGCAGGCGGUGCUCACUAGUACUCUGUGUCAGUGCAGUGAGGAUAAGUAUCCAGACAGUACCCGUUUCAUCACCAACCGCAGCUGCUGUGAGGCAGGAGUAUUAAUGGCAGCAAUUGAGAGCCACGGCCUUGUACCUACCGUACUCUGCCAUACCUACAUUCUCAGAUUCCUUAGUUCAGACACUGGCGACUCUCUCAAUUAA